AUGCAUAAAUUCUUUUUCAUCCAAUCUGUGCAUGAUGAUUUCUCUUUCACUCGUUCUCUCUUUCUUUCUCUUUCAAUAUCUCUGUCUUUAUUAAUCUCUCUGUCUCUUUUCCUCUAUAUCUCUUUCUCACAUGUUAUCUCUCUCUUUCAGUUUCUCUCUGUCUCAAUACUUCUCUCUCACCCUCUCUGUCUCCCUCACUCUACAUCUCAUUGUAUCCCCUCUCUCACUGUCAUUCACAUUUCUCACACUCUCACUCUUGCACUCAUUCUCCCUCUUUCCUUACCUUUCAUCCUCUCUCUCUCUCAUUCUCAUUUUCAGUCUCUCCUCACUCUCUUUCUCUUUAUUCUCUGUGUUUUUUACUCUCUUCAGCCCCUUCUCUCUCUCUCUCAUUCCAUCUUUCUCUUUCUCAUAUUCUCUCUCACUCUAUCUAUAUAUCUCUCCUCUCACUGCAUUUUUUGUAUAUAA